UCUCGGGUGAGGGAGAAGAAGACAAUGAAUAAAGGGAGGGUUUAAGGCUGAGCAGGUUUAUGCACCUGCUAUGACGUGCUUUUCCACUCCAGCCAGUUAACCAAUACUCCGAGGCAGCAAGUCCAGGAAUCGCGCAAAGAGAGUUUCCCCUUUUGUUAUGAUGCAGAUAGGCGAAGAGGCGGGGGAUUUAUGUUUUUCAGAAAGAGAUUUCAGUGAACCUUCAAGGCCUCAAGCUCUUUUCCACUGAAGUAAGUCUGACGUUGGUACAAAGAAGACGACCAGAACCCUCUGGCGAUUUUUUCGCCUGACAUAUAUUAAAGGCAUCCAAUUUUACCUUUUAGUUACACUCAAAUGUAUUUUUAAAACAGAGUGUUCAAAUUCCGAUAAUUAUCCCCUAACAAGUCCUACCGGUUGUCCGACACUCAAUAGGAAGUGAACUUCAGCGUCGAGCUGCGGCUGCUGUCUGUGCAGGGAGGGAUACGGUCGCUGGGAUGAGUCCGUCCUUCCUCCGCACCGGCUCCGCAUAAAAACCUAAAAAAAAAACACCUCCAAGGAAUGCUUAUAUUGAACAACAUGUAUUUCACGACAAGGGUGGAAAGAAAAGCACCAUCAUUGGAGCUACACACGUCUGCUUUGGCCUAAUGAAACGUUUCCCAAUUAGACCCGGCUGCAGUGAUCUAGAUGUGCCACAAUCACACUUAAAACUACAAAUCCCUGCACGAUUGGGAUAUCAUGAGAAUUUAAAGAAGCUGCAGGUUCCGGAUUUGCAGUCCCUAAAAAGAGGAAAUCCAUACAUUUCUCAUAUUACCUUCUUUUUUUUCACAAACAUGUAUUUCUUGGCCUAAUUCAAGAAUUUAGAAAACAGAGUCAGCACAAGAUUCAUUGCAAGUCAUGCACAACCCUGCUCCAGAAGCUGUGACAGCCUAUCCGGGUGGAAGUGGGGUGGACAAGGAUGCCAACCCGGAGACAACCUUGGGGAGCGCCUACUCUCCAGUGGAUUACAUGAGCAUCACCAGCUUCCCCCGGCUGCCGGAGGAUGAUGUGAUGUCUGGAGAAAACACCUUAAAGUCCCGCAAAGAAGAUGACAACGUCCUGAGUGAGCAAGACACAGACCCAGAUCUGUUUCUGAAGUCGGCUCGCCUGCAGCGUCUCCCGUCCUCUGCCUCAGACUUGGCCAGCCACGAUGUCGCCUCGUUGAGGGAGACCACUGUCGACCCUUUCAAAGAGGACUGCGCCUGUCAGCGGGACGGGCUGACGGUCAUAAUCACAGCCUGUCUCACCUUCGCUACCGGGGUCACUGUUGCCCUCAUCAUGCAGAUCUACUUCGGCGAUCCACAGGUCUUUAACCAGGGAGCGGUGGUGACAGAUGUAGCUCAGUGUACAUCUCUGGGGUUUGAGGUUUUGGGGAAGGAGGGGUCCAGUGUGGAUGCUGCCAUCGCUGCUGCUCUCUGUUUGGGAAUUGUACACCCUCACACAUCUGGCAUUGGGGGUGGUGGCGUUAUGUUGGUGCACAACAUUCGUAAGAACGAGACAAGAGUGAUUGACUUCAGAGAGACAGCGCCAUCUGCCAUUCAGGAGGACAUGCUGCUCGCAAACCUCGACCUUAAAUCAGGGUUGCUAGUGGGAGUUCCAGGGAUGCUCAGUGGGAUGCAUCAGGCUCACCAGCUCUAUGGCAGGAUACCAUGGAAGGAUGUUGUUUCCAUGGCAGCAGAUGUAGCCAGAAAUGGAUUCAACGUUACUCACGAUCUGGCGGAAGCUGUGGAUGAAGUGAAGAAUAAGAGUGUGUCGGAUGCAUUUCGGGAUUUGUUCCUCCCCAACGGUCAGGCUCCAGUUUCCGGACAGUUCACCCGACGCAUUGAUUUAGCAGAUAUUUUGGACGCGGUCGCAGACAAAGGAAUAUCAGAGUUCUACACUGGGAAGCUGGCGCAGGAAAUGGUGGCUGAAGUGAAAGCAAAAGAUGGCGUGCUGACGGAGGAAGACUUUGGAGACUACAGCACUGUCAUACAACAGCCAGUGGAAAUCACCUAUCAGGGACAUCAUAUCAUGGCCGCCCCAGCCCCACAUGCAGGUGUUGGUUUGAUCACUGCACUCAAUAUUCUUGAAGGCUACAAUAUUACGAGCCAAGUGCCCAGAAGUAGCACCUACCACUGGAUUGCAGAGGCUGUGAAGAUAGCAUUGGCCCUUUCUAGUGGACUGGGAGACCCUAUGUUUAACAAUUCUGUCUCAGAGGUUGUUGAUAAGAUGCUGAGUAAACCAGAGGCUUCCCAGCUCCGACAGAUGAUCAAUGACUCCCAAGCUUUCUCUGUCAACCAUUACACUUCAUCAUUUCCAAUGAAGGACGGUGCAGCAGCUGCACAGGUCAUUGUCAUGGGCCCAGAUGACCACAUUGUUUCAGUUGUCAGCUCACUAAAUAAACCAUUCGGCAGCAGGAUAGUGACUUCGUCAGGUAUUCUUCUUAAUAGCCAGAUCCUGGACUUUUCGUGGCCUAAUGAAACAGUGAGCUCAUCACCUAACCCUCAUAACCUCAUUGAGGCUAGAAAAAGACCCAUGUCCUUCCUGAUGCCCACAGUGGUGAGGCCAGCCGUGGGAUUAUGCGGCACAUAUGUGGCCGUUGGAUCUUCCAACGGAGAGAAGGCCCUCAGCGGCAUUACACAGGUACUUAUGAAUGUUCUCUCUCUGCGCAAAAACAUGAGUGACAGUUUAGCGUAUGGCAGACUCCACCCACAGCUGGAGGACAACCUACUCCUGGUGGAUGCUGAGUUUUUAAAGGACGAUGUGGUGCUGCUGGAGGCAAAAGGGCACAAUGUCGAAUGGAGGGAAGUUCUUUCAUUGGUGGAGGGAACACGGAGAACCAAUGAUCUCAUCAUCGGGGUGAAAGAUCCCCGCAGUGCUGAUGCCUCUGCCCUCACUAUGUCCAACAAGCCUUAGUGCAUUACUUCUUCCUUACUGCAACAGUAAGAGCAAGUGGUUUUUAAUGACGAAGAAAGGAGGCUGCUUAAUAAAUAAAACAACAAGCUAACCCGCCCUGCAAUCAUCUAACAGCAGAAACACAUGCAGGUUUCCCUGAACUAACAUGGUACAAAUCUGACCCUCUCUCAGAAUAUUAAAUUGAAAAGUAGAUCCACUUUAAUGUUGAUAAUAGUGCACCUACUCUCAAAACCUCGAGGACCGUCCUAGCACAGUGCACCUUCUUGUAAAAGUACACACCCAUCCCAGAAAUGGCUUAGAAGUCAGCUGCUUGUAUUAUACACAGUAACGUAAAGUUUAUUAUUGAAUCACAGUGAAACAGAAGCAUGAGCGGUUGGUGAAAUUAUUUGUCCGAAGGUGGCGGAAUGGGAACUUUUUUUUUUACUACUUAAGUUCCCGAGUUUUGCACUAGAAAUGGCUUUCAGGAAUUAUGAGUGGAAUUCCUUUGGAAAAUAAUCAGUCUUUUGCAAGGAUUCGUUGGAAAAAGGAAGGGGUAUGGCAGACCAAAAAUGUCAUCAUUUAUAACAUAUUUGAAUCACCUUUGCUUACUUUGUGAUUGCAUUUCACAUAACCACCUAGAGCUUAGUGGAAAUGUUUACACCUGUUACAAAUCCUUGCUGCAUCUCACCUGAGAAGGAGCGUCUCAGACUAGACUAACAACCUCCCCUCCUCUUUCUGUGGCAUGUAACUGUGUUUCAAUGUUACUUGGUAAAGCUGCUGGAACUGGAACUGUUGCGUUGAUUUUUUUGGGACCAUGCUACAGACUAGAGUGCAUCUGGAAAGUCUUCAGAUAACUUCACUUUCUCUACUUUUUUUUGUGUUACAUCCUUAUUCCAAAAUUAUGUCAAUUUAAUCUCUUUCCUCAAAAACCUACGCAUUAUUAAACCUACCAAUUAUUAUUUUUUAGUUUUCUUUUUUUUUAUGCAAAACUCUCAAAAACGUUUUUCUACAUUGUCAUAAUGGAGUAUUUGUGUGUAGAAUUUUGAAGAAAGAAAUACAUUUAAUACAAUUUGGAAUAAGGUUGUAACAAUAAAAUGUGGGAAAAGUGAAGUGCUGUGAAAACUGUACAGAUGAACUGACACUGAUAAGUUGUUACAUACAAUUUUAGACUAAAUUCUGUUCUUUUCUCUUCUCCUUACCAAGAUAUUUUUAUUAAGCUCCACAGGUCUUAGGUAUCAGUAAGUGUUUGAUGAGUGCAAUUAAACUAAUCCUGUAGAAACUGAAUAUUUGAAUUUUCUUAAUUUGAAGGUUAUGUGGCUGCAUUCUUUCUAAAUAAUUUCAUGUGAUUUCUGUUUUUAAUGUAAUGUUUAUUUGACUGUAUACAUUGUUAUCAUUUAUAUAGUUUUAAUAACAUAUACCAAUCAGUGCAUCUUAUUUGUGUAUCAGUGCAAUUGUAUUAGAUUGUAUUUAAGGUAUGAGCCAAAUGUUUUUGCAUACUUUAUCACUGAAAUAUAAAUGCCAAUCCCAACUA